AUGUUCUACUGGAAUUCAUACAAGCUAUGGACCAUAGGUGAGUAUUUGUAUACAGGGAAAAUUCAAAAGGAAUUGGUCAAAGACUAUUGCCAAAAAAAAAAAUGUAAAGAAACGGAAAAAAGGGAAGGCAAAACAGCUAAUUUUCUUUCUUCAACUCUGACCAUAUCCAAGCGUGUUCCUAGUCAACAUGUUACUAGUCGUGUUCCUCAACUUAUAUAUAUCAUCUACAUAAACAUCAGACAUCACACACCAACAUCAACAAAUUAUUGUGUUCUCAUAUACAAAAAAGUACUCAAUUAUCCUACAGUUCACAAAUCUAUCUCCAUGGCGUCCACGAUGCAAAGAACAAGCAGCUCCGCAGCCAACAACGAGAUGCAACAUAGCCAGCUACAGAGACGAGCUCCGUCUUUGAUCAUCAAACCGACGUCGACUAAUUGGAACAUGGCGAUCCCUCUCCUUUCGCCGCUAGCUCCUUCCCCAAGAUCGUCCUUCAACCAAUCGCAUGUUCCUCCGCCCCAUAACAAGACUGAGAAACCAGUGGAAGAAGUGAAGAAGACACCAAUUUUCAAGAAAUGGCAACAUCCGGCGUCCCCGUUCUGCUACGAACAGACGACGUUUGUCCCACCGUUCAUGAAACUUUAGUGGAUUUCCAUGACCCAGCGGCCAGCAUCGUGUGAAGUUUGUCACACAAGCGUUUAACUAUUUUCACGUUUUGUAAAUUUAACUAACUGUGAGUUUGGUCCUCUAAAAUAAUACAAUAUACUUUUACCAAAAAAAUAAAAUAAUAAUAAU